UAAAGCAUGUUGUGAAAAGGCUUAAUGACGAAAAAAGACGAGACGCUUGAAUCCAUCGUGCUACUGGCCUAUAUGGUAAAGCAUUUGCUCCAAAGGCUUCCACUAAUCCUCGAUAGCAUUCUGUUGCAUUUUUGCCACGGGCAGCCUCGAUUGUAAGCCACGACCGCUGAUCACCUUUUGAAAACAGGCUUUAGAGCGAUGGAAACGAAACUCCUCACUUUCACGCCACACAACAACUACCCUUCUAAGCAAAUCGACUUUUUUUUGCACUCUACACAUCGACAACAGCCCCACCUCACAGCUCCCAUAUCUAAUUUGCGCAUGCCCGUCCUUCUGUGAGUUUAAAGGCUAAGAAAAAAAAAAUCACGAAGGAAGAAAGAUGAAUCAUUUUUAUUUUGAAUUCUGAAUGGGUCCAAAAUCAUUUGUCACUUGUUAUAUUUGUUCAAAAGAGUUUGGAUCACGAUCUAUUACAUUUCACGAACAAAAAUGUUUGGAAAAGUGGCGAAUUUCCAAUAAAAAUCUCCCAGCUGAGAAGCGCGCAUCAACACCCGAAAGGCCUGCCGGUUGGAAAUACAGUCAAAUCAGCUUUUGGAUCUGUUCCCACUGUCAAGUUACUGUUCCUUUCGCCAAGAAGAAUCAACACGUAUCCGUCUGUUCCGCGAGAAAACUGUUAUCGAAUAAUCGGAUAAGGAAUAAAAGCCAUAUGACGGGUGUUGUAAAAGCUGACUUUUCCCCAAAGAAGGGGAAAGAAAAUAAAAACAUAUCAAAUCACAUACCUACGUUAAGUGUGGGUAGAAAGAAUGCCAAAAAUGAAGCCAAAACAUCUUCGGAUACAUCGAAUGGUGCGAAAGCUGAGAAUUUGGUUGUAAACAAGGAACAGAACGAUCAGAACAACAACGUGAAAAAUGUAACACCAGAAGAACAUUCUGUUGCCAGUAAUUCAACCAGUAAACGAUCUUUACGACCACAAACCAAAGUUCUUCGACGACCUACGCCCAAUUUAAACCAUCCUGUGAUACAAGUUGAUUCGGAUGAUAGCAGUGGUGAUAGUAGUUGUUCCGAUAAAGGCAAAGAAGAUAAUCCGAAACGAUUGAAAAUGGCAAGUGAUUCAUCGGAUUCAUUGCACAAACCAAAGAAUUUCAUAAUGUACAACAAAUACAAUGUGGAUAAAAAUACGAAGCAUGCUAAUAAAGAAAGGGCUUCAGCGAUGAUAGCUGCAAUACCUAAUCCUUGCAAUAGUUGCAAUAGGAGCCAACAACCUGAGAGACUUCACAGCCACGCAAAGAAGGAUGCUAGGGGGCUUAUGAACAGAAGAUCACCUUCUUUGGAUGUCAAAAUGACAUCACCUCAAAAGAAAAGUCCAGAAACUUUGGAAAAGAUCAAAGUCAAAAGUAAAGAGGCAAAGACUAGAUCAACAAGUGCCGAUAAUGUGGAAGAUAAACCUAUUUCUGAAAUGAAACAAAAGCUAUCGAAAAGUAAAGAGAACCUUAGUAAAGUGCCCAGUGAAUCUUGUUUGGUUACUGCCGUAUCUGAAGCGGAAAAGAAAGAUAUUCUAGAGCCUCUCAAACCAUGUUAUAUUUGCUUAGAAAAUAUUAAGAUUUCAUCGUUACUUCUUCAUGAAAGUCAGUGCUUAGCGAGCUGGAAAAAGACGAACAAUUCGUUGACGCCAAAUCUACGUAAACUGCCACCACGCAGACCAGAAGAAGAUGAAAUGCCAACAUCAGAUGAAGCUGACCCUGCCUGGACAUCAGUACAAUCACAAUUAAUUCCUUGCCCAUUAUGUACUCGAACAUUCUUUCCAGAGAGAUUACCUGUGCACAGAAGGGUCUGCAAAGGCAAAUCUAGCCAGCGUCCCUUAAAAAGAGCUUCUUCAAUGAGAGAGCAAUCGGCUUCAUCCAGAAAUGGGGAGGAGCAAAGAGCAGCAGUUUAUGUACCCUGUUAUAUCUGUGGUCGCAGUUAUGGUUCUUGGGUGAUAUCAAUGCACGAACAGCAAUGUCUAAGAAAAUGGAGAAGGGAAAAUGACAAACUACCAGAUGAUGAGCAACAAGAAGAGCCCCAAAGAGAUUCAGAUGGAUCUCCAGAUGAUGACAUGACAAGCAUCAUUGAAUUAGGGGACAAUGCCUGGGAGAACCAUCUGCAACAACUUGUCCCCUGUCCACUCUGCUCAAGGACUUUCUUCCCAAAUCGUUUAGCAGUACACAAACGCAGUUGCAAGGGACCAUCGAGUAACACUCAGCGUCCUAAAAGCAACAAGGGAACAUGAUGGAAGAAUGAAUUGACAUUUUUAUGUUAGCUGAUAUUCAGCAUCCAAAUAACAAACCACAAUCUGCCCAAAUUAUUGGGAUAGAAACCCAUUUCACCAUGAAGUAAGGUUUUAAAGCACACAUAUAGUAAUGACAAUGUACAAAAUGCUAUAAAUUUGUUGAAAUAAAAAGUUUUUGGUUGGCUUGAAACACAA